AUUACACCUCUACCCUCCUUAAAUGCAAUUGCAUCCUCUCUAUACGCUCUGCAAUAACUCCACGCUGCCACAUCUUCUCCACCUGUUCCCUUUCCUUCUUCCCUUUCUCACCCUCUUCAAAGCUCUCUCUCUCUCUCUCUCUCUCUCUCUUUUGAUAUCUCCUCUUUUUUCUCGUCCGUUUCCUCUCUCUCUCAUACCCAUCCCAAGUAUUCUUCUUAAAUUCUUCUCACAAGAAAGGUCUCAAUCAAAACCGCCUGUAAAUCACUCCUCCACCCACCAAAACCGCUCGUCAUCAUCCAAAAAGCGGUUUUCAGUUGACCCACCAGCUUGAAAACCAGAUCUCCUUUCUCUCGGUGGUUUUACCCUAUAACUUGAAAAGGGUUACUCUUACUUCUCACAAAGAUCCAAACCCAAAGAGAGAGAGAGAGAGAGAGAGAGAGAGAGAGGUGGGGUUGUAGUCAGCCGAGAUCUGCGUGGGGGUUACAAAAAAACAACUGAUUUGAAAUUGGUAGUGUCAAAGGCCAGUUCACACUCUGUGCGUCAACUCUUUUUGCUUUUGGUAAUUUUUUUUCUCAAAUUGGUCUUUCGGGCACGUAAAGACAGAUUGGAUAAUUUUUUUUUUUUUUUUAAAAAAAAAAAAGACUUUGUUUCAUUUCAAAGCCCCAAAAGAAAAGGCCAACUUUGGUAUAUGUAAAAACAUGUAACCCUCUCAUUAUCUUGCUCAGACACUGCCAGAGAAUCUAUUAAAGAGUCCUCCAAAACCACCCCUAGACACCUCCAAGAGAGAGAGAGAGAGAAGUUUCUAGGGUUUGUUUUGUUGGUAAGAGAUGAACAUCUAGCGUUUGUUUGUGUGUGACUGAGAUGUGUACAUCACCGACGUUGAAAAGGAAGAGAAAGAAGCCAGUGGAUUUGGGUUGUCGUCAGAGCUAAUUUUCAGUCAGAUUGAAAAACCUUGGCUUGGGAACCUUAAAGAUCUGUGAAGAUGUUUCAGCCAAACAUGUUUGAUAGUCAUCAUUUACUUGAUAUGACUCACAAAAUGCCCGAAACUGAGUUAGAUAUGAUCAGAGAUGAAGAGUUUGAGAGCAAAUCAGGCACUGAUAUCAUGGAAGCCCCCUCUGGUGAUGAUCAAGAUCCCAAUCAACGGCCCAAAAAGAAGCGCUACCAUCGGCACACACAGCAUCAAAUCCAGGAAAUGGAAUCAUUCUUCAAGGAGUGUCCUCAUCCAGAUGAUAAGCAAAGGAAGGAUCUAGGCCGUCGAUUAGGGUUGGAACCCUUGCAAAUUAAAUUUUGGUUCCAAAACAAACGCACACAGAUGAAGGCCCAACAUGAGCGCCAUGAGAACUCACAACUGAGAGCUGAGAAUGAAAAGCUUCGUGGAGAUAACAUUAGGUACAAAGAAGCCCUUAGCAAUGCUACUUGUCCCAACUGUGGAGGCCCUGCUGCCAUUGGCGAAAUGUCCUUUGACGAGCAGCAUUUGAGGAUCGAGAAUGCUCGUCUACGAGAAGAGAUUGAUAGGAUAUCUGGGAUUGCUGCAAAAUAUGUUGGCAAACCUAUGCUCUCCUAUCCUCAUGGACCGCCUCGCUCAUUUGAUCUUGGAGUUGGUAAUUUUUCAGCACAUUCUUCUGGCUUAGUCGGAGACCUAUUCGGAGCUGGUGAUCUUCUAAGGUCAGUCUCAGGACCUACUGAAGCAGACAAGCCUGUGAUCAUCGAGCUUGCUGUUGCAGCAAUGGAAGAGCUCAUCCGAAUGGCUCAGGCUGGUGAACCCUUGUGGAUACCAAACCCUGACUUUAAUUCUACCGAGGUUUUGAGUGAAGAAGAUUACUUAAGAACCUUUCCUCGAGGAAUCGGGCCUAAACCAUUGGGGCUAAAGUCGGAAGCUUCUCGUGAAUCUGCAGUGGUUAUUAUGAAUCAUAUCAACCUUGUGGAGAUUCUUAUGGAUGUGAAUCAAUGGACAAGUGUGUUUUCUGGGAUUGUUUCAAGAGCAAUUACCUUGGAGAUCUUAUCAACUGGAGUGGCAGGGAACUACAAUGGAGCUCUUCAAGUGAUGGCAGCUGAGUUCCAAGUACCUUCACCAUUGGUUCCAACAAGAGAGAACUACUUUGUAAGGUAUUGUAAACAGCAUGCAGAUGGGACAUGGGCAGUGGUGGAUGUUUCCUUGGACAAUUUGCAGACUAGUGCAAUUUCAAGAUGUAGAAGACGACCAUCUGGUUGUUUAAUUCAAGAAGUUCCCAAUGGUUACUCUAAGGUUAUAUGGGUUGAACAUGUUGAAGUGGAUGAUAGAGCUGUUCACAACAUAUACAGACCACUGGUUAAUUCCAGUCUUGCGUUCGGUGCAAAACGUUGGGUGGCUACAUUGGAUCGACAGUGUGAACGCCUUGCAAGUGCAAUGGCCAACAACAUACCAGCAGGAGAUAUUGGAGUUAUAACAAGUCCAGAGGGGAGGAAGAGUAUGCUGAAACUGGCUGAGAGGAUGGUUAUGAGCUUUUGCACUGGUGUUGGUGCUUCGACAGCGCACACGUGGACAACAUUAUCAGGAAGUGGAGCUGAUGAUGUAAGGGUUAUGACCAGAAAGAGCAUGGAUGAUCCUGGUAGGCCUCCUGGGAUCGUGUUAAGUGCUGCAACCUCGUUUUGGAUCCCAGUUCCUCCAAAGAGAGUUUUUGAUUUUCUUCGCGAUGAGCACUCUAGAAGUGAGUGGGAUAUUCUCUCUAAUGGUGGCCUAGUUCAAGAAAUGGCGCACAUUGCUAAUGGUCGCGAUCCUGGCAACUCCGUAUCCCUUCUACGUGUCAAUAGUGCAAACUCAAGCCAGAGCAACAUGCUGAUUCUUCAAGAGAGUUGCACCGACUCCACAGGCUCUUAUGUUAUUUAUGCUCCAGUUGAUAUUGUUGCAAUGAACGUGGUUUUAAGUGGCGGAGACCCAGAUUACGUAGCCCUCUUGCCUUCGGGUUUCGCUAUACUUCCUGAUGGUGCCACACAUCAUGGAGGAGGAAUUUCAGAAGUUGGAACAGGUGGAUCACUACUCACUGUUGCAUUUCAGAUCUUAGUUGAUUCAGUCCCAACAGCAAAGCUCUCUCUUGGAUCUGUGGCAACUGUUAACAAUCUUAUCAAGUGCACAGUUGAAAGGAUUAAAAGUUCUGUAGGCGGAGUGAAUGCGUGACCAAAAUGGCUUGCCAGGUUGCAGGGAAUAUCAAGGGAAGAUUACUGAGAAAACAAGGAUGUGUUUACCGUGAUUUGCAAAACAAAGGGAAGAAGUCAAGAACGCACCUUGACGAUCCUUGCCUAAGGGUGUUUGCUUCAGCAGAGAAGCAACAAGAACGCAUUUAAGCACCCUGCAAGAGUAAAUAGGUUCGGGUAUUGACUUUGCCAAUGAUAAAAUGUAACCCAAGACCUUCUCACAUAACUUUAGAACUCCAUUUACCUUUGCAUUCUGACUAAUGAACAAUGCUGGUUUCUUUUUCAAAUUCGGUUAGCUUUUUAAAUAUGCAACUUAUGUUGUCUGUUAGUUAUCGGUUUAAACCAGUUUGUGCUGAAGUGAACCCAAGAGUCCUUGAUUGUUGUCUCAUUCUAAACAACAAAACAAAUUAACUUUCA